AUGGAUUCCCUCGCGAAUCCGUCAAACGCGGCGGCGAGCACGACGGCGGCACCGUUGGACGCGAUGGAAAUCCAGUUCCGCUCACUCUCACUCCCUCAGCUUCCAAUCUUCCUCGACCGCUCCUGGCAGUCGUACUCGUCGAGCAGCUUGCUCGACCUCUCCAGGCGAGAGAGCAUAACGUCAAUUUCGUCGGCGGAGACGGAAACUCGCGGCGUCGGGAUCCUCUCGAUCCCGAACCUCAGGUUCUGA